GCACAUGCGCAGUGGGGGCAGCGUUCAGCUCUACAGCCGCAUGAGGAGGAAGAAAAGGAGGAAAACAAAGUGGAAGAUUUAAAGUUUAACUGAAAGUUAAAGUGAGAUUAACGACGAGAGAAGCUGACGCAGAAGAUAUGAACCAGCUGGAGCGAGACGAGGACGACCAGGGGCAUUCUGAGUGUCUCCAUGACGACGGCACCAACAACAACCACAACCGACACAAGACGGUGAGUCCAGCUGCAGGUGAACAUCCUCUUCAGUACAACUACACCUUCUGGUUCAGUAGAAGAACUCCCAGUCGUCCAGCGAGUUCACAGAGCUACGAACAAAACAUCAGACAGAUCGGAACUGUGGCAUCGGUGGAGCAGUUCUGGAAGUUUUACAGUCACCUCGUGCGACCAGGUGAUCUGAGUGGACACAGCGACUUCCACUUGUUCAAGGAUGGAAUCAAACCCAUGUGGGAGGAUGAUUGUAACCGCAGCGGAGGAAAGUGGAUCAUUCGUCUGCGAAAAGGUCUCGCCAGUCGCUUCUGGGAAAACAUCAUCCUUGCUAUGGUGGGCGAGCAGUUCAUGGUGGGAGAGGAGAUCUGUGGAGCAGUGGUCUCUAUACGCUUCCAGGAGGACAUCUUGUCGAUCUGGAACAAAACGUCUAACGACCAGACGACGACGUCCAGGAUCCGAGACACGUUGAGACGAGUCCUGAACCUUCCAGCGAACACCAUCAUGGAGUAUAAGACUCAUAACGACAGCCUCAGGGACAACUCCAGCUUCAGAAACACAAAGAUUUCCCUCUGAAGUGUGUGUGUGUGUGUGUGUGUGUGUG